CUCAUACCUCCACCAUCAACCAAAACCCCUCCUCUCCAUCAUCUCUUCCCUCCCUGCCUCGACCAUAAACCAAAAUGGGUCGCUUUCUAGAUCUUGCUCUUGUUCUCUUGACUGCACACGCCCGCUUUGGUCGCGCGCAACUCGAUGCAGUAUGUCCAGAAUACCUCCAAAAUCCACCCACAAACCCACCUCUUUGCGCAGGCAAUUGAAUGCAUCAUCUAACCACCUCACAGGAAAUUCCAGAAGGUCUCGAAGACCCCUCCAAGUCUCCUGCCAUCGCAGUGACAGUUGAUACCACCUUCCCCAAUGCCGAGAUCUUUGGAAUCAAGCUCGUCAACGGACAGGAGACCGAGGCUCUCAUCUCUUUCACCAAUGAGGAACCCGACCCAAUUACCGUGCAAUUUGUCGGUGGAAGUCUGUGGACUGGUGAUUUGGGUGCAGCUCCUCGAAUUGUGCGCAACUUGACCACUCAUCAAUAUGCGGUUCAAAUCCCCGCCGGUGAAAAACAAAGUCUCCCCUACCGAUUCCAGGUCAACAUGCACCCUCAGGACCUGAGACUCAACCUGGCUGCCGUCAUUUACACCGGUAACACUUUCCUCACUCUUCCUGCCUACAAUGGGACCGUGUCUGUCGUGGAGCCCGAUUCUAGCUUUUUCGACCCUCAAUUGCUCUUCCUCUACGUCUUCCUCCUUGCAGCCGCAGUGGGUGUUGGCUAUUUCUUCUACACCGUAUGGAUCCUCCCCUACUUCCCACAGCAAAAACGCAGGACCAGCAAGAAGACUCCUCGCAAGUCCGAGGUUGCUGUGACCGCUGAUGUCGAUUCUCCUACCGUCGCAACUGGUUCCAAGGCUUUCAAUGAGGAAUGGAUUCCCAACCAUCACAUUCAGCGUCCUGAAGCCCGCAGAGUCAAGAGCAGCGGCCGUCCCAAGAGCCGUGGCAAACCUGAAUAGACAGGCCACAAAUUCCCCUCUUCGCGUCACCAUGGCCAGCUGUAUGGGCUUGGUCUCCAGAUGAUUUCUCACCCCUACAGCCUCUAUGUCGGAAUUUUUCGGGGACACCAUAUCAAGAUGCGACUUUGGAAGGCGGUGUUAAUGAAUUCGACAGCCACGCUCAUCUCGCGAUUGGAUACUCACCAGGUUCAGGUUCAGGCUGGCUGGGGAGAAGUAAAAGAGGGGUUCGGUGGUCGGUGGGAGGGGUGGAAGUCCAUCUGCAUAUACAUACAUCGGAAACGGAAAAGUCACUUCACUUUACAUGCUUGUAACAUUAGUGAUGACAAUUGACAGGAAUGUCUAGCUACGGUGAAAGAGACCUACAUGGGAUACCUAGAAAAAGCGAGAGGGGAUUCAAAGCAGUGGAAAGUAGUUCGAGGACAAGGACAGGACAACAAGGUCACACACAGAGUUACACAGCUAGGUGCUUGACUUGUCUGUCAUCUAGGUCUAGCGCAUCUCAAAGAGAAGAGAAAAGAGACGCGCAUACAACAAACUAUGUUGAGGUAGUUAGCAUGCGACGAUGCAUAUAAAAUAAAACAAUAACAAUUCCAAUGUCCUCAACAUAUGGAUAGAAUAGGAUAGG